AUGGACCGCUGUGUGUUUGGAUCCCUGGUCCAGGCAGCAGUGACUCAGCCGGCCUCGGUGGACGUGUCCCCCGGAGGCACCGCCACCAUCACCUGCUCUGGUACUGGUAGCACCUAUGGCUGGAUCCAGCAGAAACCUGGUGGUGCCCCAGUCGUUGUGAUCUAUGACAACAACAAGAGACCCUCGGGCAUCCCGGCGAGAUUCUCCGGUUCUGCAUCUGGCUCCUCGAACACCUUAACCAUCACUGGGGUGCAAGCCGAGGACGAGGCCGUCUAUUACUGUGGUGGUUAUACUGGUAGUGCUGCUGCUGACACGGCAGCAGUGACUCAGCAACCGGCCUCGGUGGACACGUACCCCGGAGGCACCGCCAUCAUCACCUGCUCUGGUGGUAGCAGCAGCAGUGAUUAUGGCAUCAGCAACUAUGCCUGGUUCCAGCAGAAACCUGGUGGUGCCCCAGUCCCUGUGAUCUAUAACAACAACCAGAGACCCUCGGGCAUCCCGGCGAGAUUCUCUGGUUCUGCAUCUGGCUCCACGGCCACCUUAACCAUCACUGGGGUGCAAGCCGAGGACGAGGCCGUCUAUUACUGUGGUGCUUAUACUGGUGGAUCCCUGGUCCAGGCAGCAGUGACUCAGCCGGCCUCGGUGGACGUGUCCCUGGGAGGCACCGCCACCAUCACCUGCUCUGGUGCUAGCAGUGGCUAUGGUUAG